AUGCGAUUCUCCACGAUCCUCGUUGCCUGUCUCGCUACCCUAUCUUUCGGUGCUCUCGCCUCUCCCAUCGACGCUCGAGGCGGUUCUAGCUCUCCACCCGCUACCGGUGGAUCUCCCCCUCCAGUUCCUCCAGGAUACAAAUUAGUAACCGUUGGCAACAUCUAUAUCUUAACCGACAACAACGGUAACUUUGCAGGUGCCUUCUCUCAAGGUACCGGUAACGGUCAAGGUGCCGGAAAAGACAACAGCAAUGCCAUCAUCGGCAGUUCUUCCAACAAUAACCAAGGUUCCGGUAACGCCGGUGAUAAGACCACCAAGACUACCACCACAACCAAGAACAGUGGCGGCAAAGGCAGCGAACACCAUUAA